CUUGGUUCCUGUGUACAGAAAAGUGUUUAUACGUUACAAUAGGAAAACUAAAUUGCAAGAAGAGUUCAACCUAUCAAUUUCACAGUAUCUCUUUUUAAAAUGGCUGCCUCAGCAGUUCUGAAGUCAUCAGGAGAGAAUAAGUCUAAGCCCAGUCAAACAAUUCAAACGGAGAUACUGUCAUUGUACAAAGAUGGAAGCAAGUUUUUACAAAAUGAUGACAUCAAUACAGCUCUCAAAAGCUUUAAAAGAGCAUACAUUCUUUCCUGUAAGCAGACAAACAAAAAGCUUCAGAAAGCAUGCCUAUUUAAUCUUGGAGCAUCUUACAUUUGCAUUGGCAAACCAAGGAAAGCACUGAAGUGUCUUAUUAAGUCUAGAACCAAUGGACUAGAAGAUCAAGACGGAGAUCUGUAUUUUAAUGUGGCUGCCGCUUAUGAUGAAAUGAAAGAGCAUGCUAAAGCAGUGAUGUUUUAUGAAAAAGCUAUCAAUGAAUAUGGAUUUGAUGAAGUUAAUAAUAUUGCAGAUGCCCUAAUUAAGCUUGGGUAUUGUUUUGUGGCUGUAGAAGAUCUUUCCUCUGCUGCACAUUCAUUUAGGCUUGCAGGUCAUUCAUAUUUGAAGAUUGCUAGGACUGAAGACGCAGUGAUGGCCAUGAGAGAGGCUGCCAACUUCAUGAUCAAAAGUCAACAAUUCUCCAAGACAGAAAUCAUUCAGACUCUGGAUUCCUGUGUUCAAUCAUGCAGUAGUGUAGAUGAUAAGAAAUUGUUGGGAACACUCUAUAAUCACAUUGGCUUGCAUUAUGCAGAAAUAAAAUGUUUUAGCCAAGCUAGAAGAUGCUUUGCAGAAGGUAUGAAUCUAUGCAGUGGAAAACAAUUUUCUAUAAGAAAAAUGGCUGUACUACUCCAAAACCUUGGAGCAGUUGACAACGCUCUUUACCAGUAUGAAAAAUCACUCAAAAACCAUGCAGAAGCAGCAGAUAUAUAUGGAACACUGGGUGAAAGAAAUUCGCAAGGGCAAUGUCUCUGCAACUUGGCCUUUGCAUACAGCCAACUGAGAAACUAUGAAAUGGCUGAGUUUUACUACCUCCAGGCACUGGUUGCAUUUCAAGAUGCAGGAGAUGUCCUCAGACAGUCCCAGGUCAGUGAAGGACUGGGCGCUACGUACUUCUGCCUAGGUAACCAUGAUGAAUCGAUAUUCUACUAUAAACAAGCCCUGGCUCUGUUUGGAAAGUCAAAGGAAACAGCUGACCUCCCAAGAGAGAGGAUUUUACAAAAACUUGCAGAUGCCAUUGAGUAUAAACUAACUCAACAGCACACUGCGUCAAUUGAGAAGAUCAUUUCGAGAACACAGCCGGAACCAUCUCCUAGCAACAGUAUUAAUGAUGCCUACAAAUCAUUCACCUCUCAAUAUCAUGAAUCUUGUGUAACAGAUGGUCCCACUGUUCCUGAUACUUCAGAGAACCAGGAAGAAUCCAAACAUCAAAACACGGUGCAGCCAAAGACGCGAUCAUAUAGACGAUUUGAAGCCAACAAGUACGGUGCUAAAAGUCACCCAGGUUUAAGGACGCAAAAAGAAGACCCACAAACGGAUCACUCAACGGAAACAUCGCAACCUGAAUUGAAGACAUCCUCUAAAAUAUGCACAGUUUCUUAAAAGUAAAGUAGAAGACGCAUUUGAUGGCAUUUAAGAAUGGAAUGCCCUAAUGGUACUCUCCAUACCCAAACCCACCAACCUGUUCUAAUUCGCCAUUUAAUUUAGUGGCCAGAAUAUCUUGUAGCCUGUAGUCAUCCUAUUGCAUGCAUCUAUCCGAUAUUCUGUCAAGAUAUAAUUUAUGAUAUUGGUUCUCUAUUGUUCAAGAUGCUUGUGUAACUUUUCUUCUUCUCUAUAACAUAGAAUAUGACUCCUUACACUUUUCCAUCCACAUACCUUUACACAUCAACAUUGUGUCCUUUUCUAAAAUAUACACCAUAAAGAAUUACCCCCUCCACCGUUACCGCUUCUGCUUCUAGAAGUGGCCGUGAUGGUAAGAGUCUGUAUGUUCACAUACACAGUAAUCUGCACUUUUGUGCUGGGGGCUAGUUACACCCCCGGCACAUGUCACUUAGGCAGCUGAAACUUUUUUCCUAUUUGCCUUAUGUGAAUUUGGUGCAAAAAUGAUGUAUGUUGUCAGUGCGCAUAGCAUUCUGUCAAGAGGGGUUAUUAGUUUCUCCCUUGCAGGAUCCCCUCCCUCUGUCCACCCACACCAUCCCUUAUUUGAUUCAGCACAGGCAUGCACUUUGGGAGGUGAAACGGUCCAAUCUAAUGAUUCUCUAUGAGCAUUUGAUUGGAGCAUGGAGAGUGAGGAAUGGAAUUCAUUGAUGGGCUUUGUUGGUGCUGGAUUCCAGGUAUGUUUACCAUUUCCUUUGCAGGUGGCACCUAUAG